UUACAGCCCAUUGGUGCUUUGAACCCAAAGAGAGCAGUUUUCUAUGCAGAGCGUUAUGAAACAUGGGAAGAUGAGCAGACUCCACCUUAUCAUUACAACACCCACUAUUCAACAUCUACUUCUACAUUGUCCUGGCUUGUUCGUAUUGAGCCUUUCACCACGUUCUUUCUUAAUGCAAAUGAUGGAAAAUUUGAUCAUCCAGAUCGAACAUUUUCUUCAGUAGCAAGAUCUUGGAGAAAUAGCCAAAGAGACACUUCAGAUGUGAAGGAAUUAAUUCCAGAGUUUUACUACCUACCAGAGAUGUUUGUCAACAGUAAUGGAUAUAAUCUAGGAGUCAGAGAAGAUGAAGUUGUUGUGAAUGAUGUUGAGCUUCCCCCUUGGGCAAAGAAGCCUGAAGACUUUGUCCGUAUCAACAGGAUGGCCCUGGAAAGUGAGUUUGUAUCCUGUCAGCUUCAUCAGUGGAUUGACCUUAUAUUUGGCUACAAGCAAAGAGGACCAGAAGCAGUGCGUGCACUCAAUGUUUUCCAUUAUCUAACAUAUGAAGGAUCUGUGAAUCUGGACAGUAUCACUGACCCUGUCCUCAGGGAGAUCCCAGAAGCUUAUUUUAUUAGAGAUCCUCAUACUUUCCUUCUCACAAAGAACUUUAUUAAGGCCAUGGAGGCACAGAUACAGAACUUUGGACAGACGCCAUCUCAGUUGCUUAUUGAGCCACAUCCUCCUCGGAGCUCUGCCAUGCACCUGUGUUUCCUUCCACAGAGUCCACUCAUGUUUAAAGAUCAGAUGCAGCAGGAUGUCAUAAUGGUGCUGAAAUUUCCAUCAAAUUCUCCUGUCACGCAUGUGGCAGCCAACACACUUCCCCACCUUACCAUUCCUGCAGUGGUAACUGUGACUUGCAGCAGACUUUUUGCAGUGAAUAGAUGGCACAACACAGUAGGCCUCAGGGGAGCCCCAGGAUAUUCUUUGGAUCAAGCCCAUCACCUUCCUAUUGAAAUGGAUCCAUUGAUUGCCAAUAACUCUGGUGUGAACAAACGGCAGAUCACAGACCUGGUGGAUCAGAGUAUUCAGAUCAAUGCACAUUGUUUUGUGGUCACAGCAGAUAAUCGCUACAUUCUUAUCUGUGGCUUCUGGGACAAGAGCUUUCGUGUUUAUUCUACAGAAACAGGAAAAUUAACUCAGAUUGUAUUUGGCCAUUGGGACGUAGUCACUUGCCUAGCCAGAUCAGAGUCCUAUAUUGGUGGUGAUUGUUACAUUGUCUCUGGGUCUCGUGAUGCUACACUGCUUCUGUGGUACUGGAGUGGCAGACACCAUAUUAUAGGUGACAAUCCAAAUAGCAGUGAUUAUCCCGCUCCUAGAGCUGUUCUAACUGGUCACGACCAUGAAGUAGUCUGUGUAUCGGUCUGUGCAGAGCUGGGACUUGUUAUCAGUGGUGCUAAAGAAGGUCCUUGUCUGGUACACACGAUUACUGGAGAUUUGCUGAGAGCCUUGGAAGGAACUGAAAACUGCUUGUACCCUCGCUUAAUUUCAGUAUUCAGCAUUAAUGGCAAACUCUUAGCUCAGAUGGAGAUCAAUGACUCAACCAGGGCUAUCCUCUUGAGCAGUGAUGGGCAGAACCUGGUGACAGGAGGAGAUAAUGGAGUGGUGGAAGUAUGGCAGGCUUGUGACUUUAAGCAGCUCUAUAUUUACCCUGGCUGUGAUGCUGGCAUUAGAGCUAUGGACCUGUCUCACGAUCAGAGAACUCUGAUUACUGGCAUGGCUUCUGGUAGCAUUGUAGCUUUUAAUAUAGAUUUUAAUCGGUGGCAUUAUGAGCAUCAGAACAGAUAUUGAAGGUGACUGAAGAACAGAAAGCCAAGGUAAAGCUGAGAGCACAAGUGCUACAAUGAAAGGUGUAAUCUCUGGUGGAAAAACACGUCUACAUUGACCUCCGUUGUACAUUCCAUUACACCCAGCAAUAGCUGUACAUUGUAGUCAGCAACCAUUUUACUUUGUGUGUUAUUUCACAACUGAACACCAGCUGCUGAAAAGCAAGCUUGUACCAUGUAAAUGAUAUGAAUUAGGAGCUGUUUUGGUAAUUAUUUCAUAUAUCUUUGUUUAUUGAGAAAAAGGUAGUAGGAUGCGCCAUAAGAGACUUUUGAAAAUUUUGAGGAACCUUGUGUCCAGUUGUUCCGAUGUUUAGGCUAUGAACCUAACAUGCAUCCCAUUUCCAGCCUCUUUUCAAGCUGAGAAAAAAAAUACGUUUGAUACUUUGUACAUCAGAUGCACAUCUUAACUUUGAAGGGAUACUUUUGUAAAAGUAAAACCUUGUAAAAAGAACAAAACUGUUUCUUAAUUUUAUUGUGGAGUUACAACUUGCAUGUACUUUAAACCUGAUGUCUUGAUGGAACAGGUGCAUUCACACAAAUUAAACUGGAGAUCUGUCUAAGGGCACAGCUUGUAUUAAAGGGUUGAAUUUGGGUGCAGUCAGUAAUUCUGACAUUCUCACAGAAACAUGGUUUUCACUUCU